CGGCUGGCGUCGGUUGACGGCAGAGGCCUGGGGAGCGGUUACCCCGGUAACAGGGGGUCCGCCUUCAAACUGACCGGAUCCCGGGGUGAUCGGGCGGCUCGGUCCCGGGGGCCGGGGAUGGAGGCGAAUGGCCGAGCGGGGAAUGAAAAUGUAAAAAUCACAGCUCAGCUGCUCAAGUCAAAAACUGGACAGUUUGACCUGGAGUCAAUUCUGUUCCUGAAGCUGAAGAAUAUUGGGAUUUGCAAUCUUGGCUGCAUUGGAGACUGUGUAAACCUGGAGAGACUGGAUUUAUCAGGAAAUGACAUCUCAAACCUCACGCCGCUCGCAUCACUCAAACUUCUUACAGUGCUUAACUUGUCAGCCAAUAGGAUCUCCAAUCUUGAUCCCCUGAACUCCUGCGAAAAUCUACAGAACCUCAAUUUAUCAGGAAACCUAAUCAGCAGUGUUGAUGCUCUUCGUUCACUCUCUGAGUUGAAGAAUCUGGAGACAAUUCGAUUGAAAGACACCAUUUGCGACUUCAGUAAUCCAGUUUGUAUGAAUACUUCGUAUCGGAAUGCAAUGCUGGAAAUCUUUCCGAAAAUAAAAGUGUUAGAUGGGGAGAGGAUAUCAGGCAGGGGUAGCGAUUUGUACCGGCUCUGCAAAGAUAUGGAUGCUUCUCUGAAAGAAAUGUGCAGCUGUGGUCCUGUUGGUGAACUACCUGGUCCUAAGAAAUGGGUUGAGGACAGUUACUGGGAGCUCAAACCAAUUUGGAAAACUCAGUCUGAUGAAGCUGUUGAGCAGUUUUAUAAUAUUUUGAAGGAAUGCAGAGAGCUCAACAAUAAGGCUGCUGAUGUCAUUGCAAAAGCAGAAAGGACGCUUGUACUAAAGUAGCUGAGCACCACAGACAAUAAGCAGAUACUUACAGAAACUCGAGGAAUGCUGAAACUGAAGCAACUGAUCACACUGCUGUCUUCUCAGCCAAACUGGAUUUUUAUUAAGGACUCCCUAUUGAAACCAAAGAAAAGGAUGGUCCCUUUAACUGUUGGUUGUUUUCUGUACAAAUCUUUAAGUGCGAUAGUUCACAGAUGCCUGCCUCCUCACCUUGCCCAUGCUUGUGGAGUGGUGCCCCUCGAGCUAUAUAUAUAUAUAUAUAUAUAUAUAUAUAUAUAAAACCCAUUGUCCAUCUCUACUGGAGAGGGAUGCCUCUGGUUGGUUAAUUACAUUUUAGGUGGGAUAUUUACUUCCCAAAGACUGGAAAAUAUCAGAAGCAUGUGAACCAAGAAAGGCAUCUAACCUGCAUGGAAUGAAAUCCAUUUGUCUACCUCACUUUUUCUACAGACAGGAUUGUGCAUUUGUCAGUUUUACACUUCCUAGACUCUUGUCCUGUUACUUCACCUUUUUUUAAGCCAUUGAGUCCUGUAAAACUAAAAAUGCUUUUUAUUAUGCCUGAUAAUUUGAAGUUUGACAAUUAGCUGGAAUAAAUCACUCAUGUUUAUACCUGUUGUGACUAAAUAAACUGAU